GAAAGACCCAAAGAGCGAGAUACAGAAAUUACUGGAAGGGAGCGAAGAAAAAAGUGAGGUAGCAAAAUAGAGUGAGGUAUGUUGAUCAAGGGAGUAGUUUUCAUAGGAGUAGCUUUCAUAGGAGCAUUUGACACACUCAUCAAUUAGUCUCACACAUUUUAGGGCGAAUUCGGAUUGCACUCCUAAUGGGCUAUACGAAAAUAACAGACCUUUACACCUAAGUAAGUCGAAAUAAAGAAAAGACAUGGCUGGGAAAGAGAGUUCGACAUGGCAUACAGACGACUUUGAUAGACUAUGCAGCCAGCUAGAGACCUGUCCGAUAAAAGGCCUAACUUCUUCAGUGGCCGCAAAGCGCUUGGCUUUAAAUGGCAAAAACAAAAUGAGCUUGCCGGAGAGACCUGGAUUCAGAUGUGUGAGGUUUGCCAAAAACUGUUUUCGUGGCCUGGCCUCAACCGUAUUUGUCGCCAUAAUUUUCUGUUACAUUCUAUAUUAUGUGGAGCAGGAGAACCCAACCGAUCGACAUGCUGAAAAUGAAUACCUAACGGUCACCAUUAUUUUGUUGAUAGUAUUUUUAGUGUCUGGCUUGCUUCGUUAUAUUCAGGAGAACGACGACUACCUGGUUGCCUGGGCAUUCAUGGAGCUGAUGCCCAUGUACUGUACAGUCGUCCGAGACGGCCGGAUGCAGAUAAUACGCUCCGAAAAUGUCGUUGUGGGCGACAUACUGAUAAUCGCGUAUGGGGAGCGCAUUGCGGCCGAUGUUCGAAUCUUUUACUCCGAGGAUCUGGAGGUGGACAAUGUGGCGCUCACCGGGUACUCGACCUCGGUUACCAUCAUACCGGAUGUUACGCAUCAAGACAAAUGGAUCUCGCGCAAUGUGGGCCUGGCGUGCAGCCAUGUUACGCAGGGCUCUGGCCGGGGUCUGGUCAUUGCCUGUGGCGAUGAUUCCGAGGUUGGGAUCAUGGCACGUCUGAGCAUGGAGCCACGCCCACUGACCAGACCACGUAAAAAUAUGAAGCAGGUGGUCUUCUAUAGGUACAUCAUCUGGUUCAUCAUGUUCGGCGUUACCGUUAUAUCGAUAACAAUCACGGGCCUGAGCAUUCCUAAUCUGCUUGAGUUCUAUGUUAGCCUGACGGUAUUCUCGUCCCCUCUGUAUGUGCCCAGCCUGGUGUUCAUUGGCCUGUGGAUCACCAAAAACAAUUUGACUGAGAUCGGCUGCUACGUUCGCAACAUGGAGUCCGUCUCCACUCUGGGCCUGACGACCGUAAUUUGCAGCAACCUGCUUGGGUCCAUGACGCAGCGAACUUGGCAGAUCUCCGAGCUGUUUGUCGAUGGCGAACUACUCAAUGUGCAAUCGUAUUUCGAUGAGACCGAUCAUUUUCGGCAUCUGAUUCGCGCCUCCGUGCUGUGCAAUCACGCCAACUUCGCGCCCGGCCAGAGGGGCCUGCCCGCCAAUCAGCAGACGCUCGACGGCACCGACUACGAGAAGGCGGUGCUCAAGUUCGCCAUCCGGUUUGUGGAGAACCUUCAUGUGCUGCGCGUCAAGCAUAAGAGAGUCGCUUGCAAGUCCGUGGACACCAUUAGCCAUCUGCAGGUUAGCGUCCAUAUGACGGUCAAUGACCGUGAUGAGAGGGAGUAUUACCUGUAUAUACGCGGGCAUUGGAACGAGGUCAUGGAUCACUGCACCACUUGCUAUAUGGAUAAUGAGGCUGAGCCAGUGGAGCUGAGCGCAGACCUGCAAAGUGAGGUCGUUAGUCAUGGCCUCCAGCUGGAAAGGCUGGGCAGGCACACAUACGCCUUUGCCUCCAAGAGACUGGACGCGGAUGAUUAUAUGCUGUCGUUGAUCUCGAACAGUUUUAGUUAUAGCAACAAGAACACCUUUCUGAGCUUCAUGAAAAUGUAUUCGGACUCCAUGUGCUUCUUGGGCCUCAUUGCGGCACAAAAUCCGCCGUAUCCCCAUGUCAUAGAUGCCAUCGCUCAGUGUCGCACCGCGGGCAUCAAGCUGGUGCUCAUGACGCGGACCAGCGUGAAUUUCGCGCGUGCCAUUGCCAGAGCUGUGGGCGUCUUUGGGGAGGACAGCGACACCGCUGACAUGGCGGAGAGAUUCAACAUGGCAUUGCCCCGGGUCGAGCACCGGGUGGUCACUGCGAUCACGGUCAACAUGCAGAACAUGAGCACGCAGGUGCACCACCAGCGCUGGAACAUCGAGCAAUUGCUCCUCUCCCAUGAGGACGUCGUCUUCAGCCGGAUUGCCGUCGCCCAGCGCUACCUGAUCAUCGAUACCUGCCUGCAGCUGGGCGCUGUGGUCACGGCGAUCGGCAGCUCCGUCCACGAUACGUCGGCCAUCCGGUGCGCGAACGUGGGCGUCUCUGAGAGCGCCUCGUCCCACGUGAGCCAGUCCUGUGCCGACAUCAUUGUGCUGGAGAACAACUUUGUGGCGGUGGUGAGGGCCAUUGCCGAGAGUCGCCUGCUAUUUGAGAACCAGAAAAAGGCCUUGGUCUAUGGGCUGGCCUCGAAUAUGUCCAUGAUAGUGAUUCACUUCCUGUUCGUAGUGCUGCAGAUGCCAUUCCGAAUGCCUCUGGUGCCGUUAUUAUUCAUUUCAUUCUUUGUGAACAUGAUACCUGCUUCCACGCUGUUCUAUGAGCCUCCCGAGUUUGAUCUUAUGAGCGUGUUGCCAAGGGUCAAUGAGGAUUUCUUGAUUAAUCGACGCAUGCUGUUUGUGUCCUACAUAAAUGUGGGUGUCCUGGAGGCCAGCGCCGUGGUACUGGCCUACACUGUAUACAUGCUGCGCAAUGGUUUCCUGCCGGGAGCCCUGUUCGGCCUCAGUGCGCAAUGGUAUGAUGAUUCCCUCAAUGAUAUGAUAGACUCGUAUGGCCAAGAAUGGACGCGCAGUGCACGGCUUCAGUUGGAGUAUGAGAUGACUUCGGUGAUCGUCAUCACCUUAACUUUAAUGCAGGGCGUUAAUCUGGUCAUUUCCAAAACAUCACGCAUCAGUCUCCUUAAGCAUGGCUUUGGCAAUCUCCGUCUGAACCUUGCCCUUGUCUAUAUGAUCGGCAUCUGUUUUAUAUUCACCUUUACAAGUGCGCCAGAACAACUGCAAAGUUUACCUGUCAACUAUCUGCCCAUCUUCCUAUAUAUCUUCCCGUUGGCCAUACUAACCGUUAUCUUAGAAACAAUGCGACGUUAUUUAGUGAGAAAAUAUCCUGGUGGCUGGCUUGAAGAGGUAUCAUAUUACGGAUGUCUAUGA